AUGGUCUUUGCUAGUCAAUUUAAGCUCGCAGCUUCAGUGGCAGCAAUCGCCCAGCUAGCUUUUGCAGCGAACAACAACACCAGCGCUAUUAAUUCGCAAAUCCGUCUCGCGUACCAUGGCGACAACGGCAUGAUGGUAUCGUGGAACACGUUCCACAAGCUCGGCAAGCCUACCGUUCACUUUGGCCUCUCGGCCAGCAACCUCAACGAGACGGCCUCAUCUCCUGCUAGGCAGUGCGAUCGUAAGAAUUGUGCUGCACUUCCAAUAUCGCCCAUCUUCUUGAACAUUCCAAUUGAGAGUCUGAAAAAUAGGCUUCCAGAGAAUGCAUCUAACCGUCGCUUAACAAGACUAAAAGCAUAA